AUAACAGCUCGUCUCGUCCGGUCUCGUCUCGGUCGUCAUCCCCAGGCAGCGGAGGUGAGCGGAUCAGCCGGACUGAUACACAAACCAUGUUUUAAUAACACAAGGUGCUGCUCCGACUGAACAGCGUUUUUUUUUUUUUACGUAGAAACUUGGAGACACACGGUUCUGCUGGAACCGAGCCCAGAUUUGAAGACGGGUGUCUGGAGAUGUCAAUGUCAUCAAAAAUGCAAAGCUCCAACAGCAUAGCUCAGGCCAGGAGGACAGUACAUCAGCUGAGGUUAGAGGCCAGCAUCGAGAGGAUAAAGGUGUCCAAGGCAUCAUCAGACUUAAUGCGCUACUGUGGCGAGCACUCCAAGUACGACCCACUACUUAUGGGCAUCCCCGCCUCUGAAAAUCCUUUCAAGGACAAGAAGCCAUGCACCAUACUGUAGUACAACUACUAGUCCCCUUUGUGUUCCUUUUUUUCAUGGGAAAAACAAAGGAUUAUACUUGCCUUCAUGCCAAUUCCAACUGUACUUUUUCCUCAUGCUUGCUGUAGUUUCUCAAGCAUUACAGUUCAGUAAGGGGCGAGUUCUGCUCUACCUUUCAGUCAGAUACCAGUUAGACCAAAGAGCACCAAGAGACAACAGGCAGAUGUCAGCAGCUGUGGCCUAGAAACAAGGCUUGAUUUCAGAGACGAAUAAGGGUUAGCGCUGAGGCUCAUCGGCGAUGGAGUUUCUCUUUGCUGUUAUCCGACCUAAUCUAAAAGACCCGAGUCCUCUCUGCUAAAAAGACCUGAAUCUGAACUGGGCAGGUGCUGAUUCAUUACAGCAGGCAUAAACAAGCCCACUAAAUCACUGGUCCAUUCAUCGCUCAUCUUUCAGCUUUCACUGCUCGCUUGCAUCAGUCCCGCCCUAAAUUGGCUUUCGAAAACAAUCUAUUUUGUAUGCUGCUGAUAAUGAGCGCCCCUCGGUGUAAAUGGCUCUGCAGAUAAGAAUCACUUAUCGGGCAAGCUAACUAUGCUGCCCAUCUUUGGAAGAGAAAAUCAGAGGGCAAAGGUUUAUUGCCAGUGAUGCAAAACCCCGACUCUUUGUAUUCAUGUUUGGUCAAGCCUAAAGGUCAAAAUUAAAAUUGAAUGAACAGACAACACACUUUUCUGCCUGAAAAUUAAUAGGGACAAUUUUUUUUUACAUCUCCAUCUAAUUUUUUUGUUAGAUUAAAAAGUCACCAGUGAGGUUACAUGAAGGUUGGCUUUAAAUUUGCCUUCAUGGCAGAAAAAAAAAAGAGCAUUGGCUUUGCAUCUUCGUGAACCUUCGUUGCAUUUAGAAAAAGUGAAAUAAUUUUUUUUUCCUUUUCAAGGCAGAAAAUUGGUGCACUGUUAAUUGGCAUUACAAACAUCUCAGUGUGUAUUUAUCUGACCUCUUGAGAAACUAAAUAUUUAGUAAAUUUUUGUUGAUUUGAUCCUCACUGCUAUCAUGUCAAGAAUUUCGAUGGCGUGUUAAAUGUUCAUCCACAGUUCAAGAUUUUGUGGCAAGCUGAUGCCAAAAGAAAUUCAUCUGGAUUUUUCACAGCAGCAGCCAGAUGACAUUGCUUACAUUCAUCUUCAUUACAUCAUAGAAUUGUGUCACGACAUUUAUUCAUCCAUCCAUCCAUUAUCCAAACCACUUAUCCUGCUCUCAGGGUUGCGGGGGUGCUGGAGCCUAUCCCAGCAGUAAUUGGGCGGCAGGCGGGGAGACACCCUGGCCAGGCCGCAGAAAAUCAAAUGUGGGACGUGUUGAAGUUUGCUGGAAGUCUGUCUGGCACCUCUAAACGGUGGUGUUGUAAAACUGUCACGUGAGUAGACUCUCCUCAGUGAGAGGAAAGUCUUAUCAAAGAAGAAAAGCUUCUUCUUUUUUUUAUUAAGUCAUCCACUUGCUUAAGAAAUGACUGCUUUUGAAUACAAUCAAUCUCUUAGCAUUUGAUGCAUUUAGUGGAGAAAGUGGCAAUACAAAAUAUAUUCGGAGAGUAUGGUACAGUUCGAUGUCACCCUUUAAUGAAGUAGAUCCUGUAUAGACAUAAAAGAGCAUUCAUAAACAGACCAUCUUUAUGUGAAAAGAGAGAGCAAGACCAAUCUGUGCCACAUCAUCACACACCCCACCAUACAAGGAGGCUCUGAUUUACUGGUCAUAAGAUGUUGCCAGUGCUUUUUAAGUGUUUAACUCUGAAUAGCUUAGGGCACCGCUAGAUGUGUGAUCUUACUGACACUUUGCAGCAGUCUGUAAAAGUGUAAUGACUGUUAAGACCGUCUGAGUUUUAAACAUCCCGUUUACAGUCGCUCUGCUAGAUAUUAAACACUCACCAUAGCAGUCAGUUGCAUUUUCUUUCUAUGCUAUCUAUCUAGCACACAUAUAUAUAUAUACACAGGUAUAUAUAUAUAUAUAUAUAUAUAUAUAUAUAUAUAUAUAUAUAUAUCCAUCCAUUCAUUAUCCAAACCGCUAUCCUGCUCUCAGGGUCGCGGGGAUGCUGGAGCCUAUCCCAGCAGUGUGUGUGUGUGUGUGUGUGUGUGUGUGUGUGUGUGUGUGUGUGUGUGUGUGUGUGUGUAUCUAUCAAUACAGGUGCAGAAAUUUUUUUUUUAAUACAUAGCAGUACAAGCCUGUUUUGUGCGUCGUGCACUCAUCAGCUGGUAAUGUGCAUUAGCAGCUGAUGAGUUAUUAUAUAUAUAUAAAAUGUGUGGGGGGGUUGUAUGUGUUUGUAUAUGUAUUGGCAGUUGUGGGUAGAUGAUAAUGGCCAACAAGGGGCAACUGACUGUGUAUGUUAACCAGCCAAGGGCCUUAAUGAAGUAUUCCUGCUUCACUGUCUUUCAUUGGUUACCUUCCUCAAGUGCUGUUAGCUGUGAAAAGUAAAUUGACCGCCAACGUUAAGUAUGAUUUGAUAUUUCUUAACAACUUAGGCCAGUUCAUUUUCCCCCACUGACGUAUCCCUUCUACGUUCUAUGUUGCCUAAUUCAGAGGCAGUAAGGACACAUUCCUGUAUCGGUCACAAUAGUUGUCUCCAUUACUUAAAAGCAUGCGUGAAAUUCUUUGUUUGACACAACAUGUUUGUCUGCAUUCAUUUAAACAUCAGCAAAGUUUGGUUUUUUUUACAUUGCAUCACCCCGUUGAAAUAAGAUAUUUUUUGAGGGGGGGGCAGGUAUAUUUAUUGAAUUAUUGCCUGGAAUUAUGAAUAAUUUUCUUUUUAACUAGAAAACCUUGUAUGAUGUGUCUUGUACUUCAGAUAUCAACUAAAUGGUUUGUGUUUAAAACUAUGCGGCAGAUAGCAAGUUAUGUCAUUUUUUUGCCUUUACCUGUGUUUUGUAGACAAAUAAAUGUAUCAAAAAAAGAAACGACAAGCAAAUUAUUUUUGAGUAAUUGAUCUGAAAUCCUCAAUCAUCUGGUUGUCCUCUGUGUGGAGUUUGCAUUUUCUCCCCAUGUCUGCGUGGGUUUCCUCCGGGGGCUCCGGUUUCCUCCCACAAUCCAUGUAGACAUGUAGGUCAGGUGAAUUGGCCGUAC